AUGCAAAUUCAUUCACGUUUUAUAUCUGUGAUCACUGGCCAAUCAAAACACCGGAUUUGCACACUUGCCAUCAUUACUACGAUAAAUACAACCGUUGAUGAAAAUAAUGCACAUGCCGAAGUUGUACCAAAUAAUAACGAAGUACCAGCAAGCCAAGCUUUACCUUUAACAUCUCAUGGUUCUUUAGUUGAAGGUCUACAACCAAUCACGUUACCUCCUGGACAACAAUCUCAAACAGACCUUUUAUCAAAUACAAUUGAUUCUGUUCCUGUUGAAAAUACUAUAUCUUCCGGUAUAUCAGGCGAUGAACCUUUUUCUUUCGAAGCACUUGCUAACAUAUGUCGUAUGCAACAACAAACCAUCGCUUUACUUGUAGAAGAAAAGACUGCGUUGGCAUCAGAAUUAGAAAAAUAUUCUGCAAUGGCUGAUCGUUUUAAAAGUAGUGAGGAGUUGUUGGAAGAGGGUCAGUUGUUAGUCGACGCUUUAAGGCGUCAGAAUAGUGAAUUGGAAGAAAAGAUUCGAAAUGGUGAAGAUCGAUUGAAAGAUUCAGAUGAUCAGAAAAAAAAAAUAAUAGAAUCAUUACAAUCACAACUAGAAAAGGAUAACAAGCAACUUAUGUCCCAAUUGAAUAAUAAAGAUUCAAUAAUCGAACAACUCACUACAGAAAAGGCCAAAAUUCGUUCUGUAUCUGAUGAAGUAGAAGCUUUACAAAAAACCCUUCAAGAUAAAGAAGAUAGAUGUGAGGCACUUGAAAUAGAGUUAUCAAACCUACGACAUUUGUUAACUAAUGCGGAGCAACAGCUCUCUGAAAAAGAAAGCAAGCUUUUGGUCAUCGAACGUGAAUCACGUGAAACCAUGACAAAAUUCGAAUCUAUGACCAAUCAAAUCCAAUCGCUAACUGAUGAUAAGAAUCGAAUUAGUCAACAAUUAGAGGAGAAAUCAAGCGAGCUCGAAGCUUUGAAAAACGAAUUUACUGAAGUUAAUGAACAACUAAAAUUAAAAAUAGCUGUAGUAGAUGAAUUGCAUCGAGAGCACGACAAUUUCUCUUCGGAAUUGCAAACUUCUCAAUCAGAAAAUUCAAAAUUGACAAAACGGAUUAAAGAUAUUACAACCAAAAAUGAUGGUUUAUCAUCUGAUAAUCGAAACUUGAUUUCUCAAUUGACUGAAUUACAAGCAAAAAUUGUAGAGAUAAAUAAUGAUAAAUUAAAUUUAACUGAAGAAGUGGAAAAAGAAAAAUUAAAAGCUACAAAACUGGAACAAGAAGUUGCUAAAAUUCAGAAAGAGUUGGCUUCAUUAAAAGAAAAUAUGGUGUAUAACAACGGAACUACUUUAGUGGGUAACAAUACUACCCGUGACGUUGGUCGACGAUUUAAUUCGGUUUACAAUUCUGUUCAAAAUCAGCGGAAUGAUUCAACUCGUCGUACUAGUCUAUCACCACCAAAUAGCGCAAACCGUCGAUAUUCAUUUUCUCAGUUUAGUGGCGAUUUUGAGAUCGGAAGAUGUUCAGGAUGCAUUGUAACAGUAGUGGCACUUAUUGAUUAUAAUCGCAAUGAAUUUAUUAUUGUUAAUUUUUAA